GCGACGUGGCGGAUGUUGUCCAAUGUUGUCCGCGCAUUGUAAGAAAAUUAAGAUGUAAUUUAAUAGAAAGUUUCUAAUUAAUACACGUUAAUUAAGUGCUCGACGUAAACGAUCAUUGUAUAGGUACUUGGAGAUCAAGAAGGAUAUAAAAUACAUUCUGUGAUAGAAGAUAGUUUGUUUUUUGAACGCUAUUUAAUGAGUUGUCAUUGACAUUUCCUUGAAAUAUAACCUCUAAAUUACUACAAGUUGUGAUAUUUUGCAAAACAUAACUAUAAUAACAAUUUGUAAAAAUGCGUUGCACAUAAUAGCAGAUACAUGAUGGAUCCUGAGACGGCAUACGAGAAUUUAUUUAAAUUGCAGUGUUUAAUUAAAACCACCGAGAUACAGCAUAGUGUACAAUGCAAACUUGAAAGAAAAUUAUUUUUUGCAUUGGCAAACAACAAUGCCGAAAUUAUUCUUUAUUUUAAAAGAGAAUCCUCUUGUCUACCUGUCAUUAAAAAGAUACCUUGGUUUCAAGGGCCGCAUAAACAAAUCGCUGCUUUUUGCUUUGAUUCAAGUGGUACUUGGUUAUUAUGCAUUACUUUAGAUGGUUCAUUGUAUGUAUUACCUGCUUUAACUUUAGUCGGUGAAAAUUGCAUUGUUGACAAGAAAUGGAAGACUGACGAUGCGACGUAUAUUCCUUUUAUAAAUUCUCAGCCUUCUCAUUUCAGACCAAUAGCUAUUACAUGGUGGAAAAAUACCAAAACAUCUAUGGACAUAGCCAUCAUAGGAACGGAAUGUGGAACAAUUGUAUUUAUAAACCUUUUGAAUGGACAACAGCUAGGCGUAACAUAUAUUAAUGAAAGUAUAAGCAGUCUACAUAUUUGUCAAAAUGAAUACAAUGAGAUUACGUCUCUUUUGAUAACGAGUAAAUUUCAACAGCAAUGGCGUUUGCCUUUGGAACACUUAACUUUUAAUCUUUUGCUUAAUUUUGAAAACAAAGAAUCUUAUAACGAAUUAAAUUUAAGUGACAUUCGUGACAAUAAUGGGGAAGAUUCCGCUCCUAACAAAUCUAAGUUACAAGAGCUUAAACAACUCUCUGUUGAAAAACUGGCUAUUCUUAAGCAAAAGUUAAUCGAUACCAAAAAUCAAGCAUUGGGAGAUUUACAAUGCAGAGAUGCUGCAAGUAUCAAAGAAAACAAUAAUGGAAUUCCUGUUAAUCUGGAAAUAUCGAAAUCCAAAUUAGGUUUUAUAAGUCCAGAACCAAUAUCAAAAGAUACUUUCCUAUCUUUGCAAUAUGACAGAGAGGACCGACAAUUGUAUACAUGCUAUCAUCCUGUCACCAAUUACAUCACAGUACAUGGUCCAAAUCUAACUGUGGUACCCUUGUCAAUGCACAAAGUAUUUGAGUCGUGUAAAACUGUUCUAUUAACACACAGAUUAUUUUUUAUUACCCAUGCUAAUCAACGUUUAGUAUAUAUAAUAUCCAAUCAAUUAUCCGAGACUCAUGUAAACAAUGAUUAUCAAUUUAAUCCCGAAUCUAUUAUUGGAAUAUUUUCUUUUAAAAAUAGUAAGGAAUUUGUACGCACAGUAUACAAAGUAACAAAAUUCGAUAAAAUAGUACCGAGAAAAGUCUUUGAGGAAAUGGAGAGUAAAUAUAUCUUACCAAAGAGUAUGAGGGAUAUUGAAGUCGAUCCUUUUAGUUUGGAUACAUGUAUAAUUGUGACAAACCGCUGUGUAUACGAAGUGGUUUUAAGAAAGUCUCUUUUAUCAAUCUUUACGGAAUUAAUAUUGAAGAAAAACGAGUUGCAAAAAGCAGGAAAAUUAGCAAUGAUUUUUGGAUUGAAUGGCCAACACCUGUUGGAAUAUGUAGGCGAUUUAUUCCUAUCAAAUAAAGAAUUCUCACGCGCAGUAGCUUCGUAUAAAAUGUCGAAGUGUAAAUUAUUGAAGAGCGUGUUAAAGUUUGCAUCGGUCGGCCAUACUUCAGAAUUAUUAAGUUGUCUAACUCACUGUUUAUUGACACCUGUCAUUACUGAAAUGCCUAUUGCAACAAGGAUACAUUUAUCUAAUUUGUGCGUACUUUCUUUUAUCGAGAUGACAUUGAGGGUUUGGUCGGAACAAUCUAAAGUGAUUUAUAAAGAAUUCUUAUACUUCUUGUCCACAAAUACAUUUUACGAUGAAUUAUUAGCUAUUAAUAUAGCUGGUCAAACUUACCUUUGGGAGGUAUUACACCAUUUAGCUACACAAAGGAGUCUGUACAGUCAAAUGUUGGAUAUUCUCGUAAAGACGAUACAAAUAUUUGGCACAAACGACAUUCACCCAAAGUCAUAUGGGUUACUUAUAUGUUUAAGUGAAUCUGAUUUAAUGCAAUCAAUGUUAUUGAAUUGCGAUUUAGCUAGAUCUCAUAUACUAUUUGUACGCAAUAAUCUGCGAGAUUUUCAGAUCUUCGUGCUUCAGAGAUUAGUAACAUUGUAUGAUCCAACAAAUCCAGUAUUACGACCUAAAUUAGUACAAUGUAAAGCACGUCAGAAGGUAUCGUCCAAUCUGCGAUCUAAUCAGUGUGAUUCUACUACAGAUUCUACGGAUAAUAUUGAUCAGUCUGAUACGCUUGUGGAAGAGAUAAUAGAAACGUUUAUACUAGUCUUAUUGACUCUUAUUUAUAAAAAACGAUUGUUAAACCCCAAUUCCAGAUUCACUUUUUUGUAUGACAUUCAAUUGCCGGAGUUAAACAAGGAAUACUCGGAAAUGACUCUGCACAUUGAUUUUAAAAAGAGAUCAUUAAGUACUGGAUUUUCUCACGUUGCGCUUGUUAGAAACGGUAAUAUCUAUACUUGGGGAAGUUCAGUGCAAGGUUGCUUGGGUACUGGCUCUAGUGUUUUGCGAUAUGGGGCACCUCACGCCGUAUGCUUCUUCAAAAGUAUGAAGAUUGAAGUUUUCAGUGUAUCGUGUGGACAUUGCCAUACCCUGGCAGUUACCAAUAAUGGAAUUUACGCUUGGGGCGCUAGUCAAUUUGGCCAGUUAGGACUCGGCAAGGUGCUACAAUGUUCAAGUCCGGAAUUGAUUACUUCGCUGGCACAAGAAAUUAUUGUCGAUGCGGUAGCUGGACAAUAUCAUUCUGUAGCAUUAACCACAGAUGGUAGAAUAUUUACGUGGGGUUGGGGUGUUCAUGGCCAGCUGGGUCAUGGUAAUACCGACGAAAAAGCCACACCGUCUUUGGUCAAAGCUCUGCUUGGCGUAGUAGUGUGUUGUAUCAGCGCUGGAUACGCGCACACAUUGGCACUAUCGGUAGACGGUGUGGUGUAUGCCUUCGGAUGUAAUGUUCUUGGGCAAUUAGGAACAUGUGAUAAUGUCAAAAGUUCUACCCCCACAAGAGUAUCGUUACCCGAUGGGAUAAUGCUUAUAAGUACUGGAUACUUUCAUAAUUUAGCUGUCAGUAACACGAACAAAUUAUUCAUAUGGGGUGCAAGUCCUCAGGUUCUCAGAUUACAAGCACAAGCGCAAAAGAAAACUCGUAUUCUAGAGCAACAAGAAAAUGCUAGUGAGAAAAACAGUAAGGUUUUGGGAGGAUCGGAGAAAAGAGGAUCAAGUAGUGCUACAAAUCUAAACAGAGAAAUAAAAAAAGAAUUUUUGGAAAAUAGUGUACAAACCAAGUCUACUCAAAUGCAAAUGAUUACUUCUGAUACAGAAACCCAAAAGAAAUCCGAAACUGAAAACACAGAUUUGAGAGAUUUGAACUUUGAUUUGAUCGAAGAAAAUCAAGCACAUUUAAGACCAUGUGUUGUCGAUACUAGUUUGAUAAAAGGGCAAAUUAAUCAGGUUCAUGAAAUUAUGCCAGAAUAUAUUAAAAUUUUCUCCUCUUUGAUGGCGGACAAUUAUGGAGCACCUUUAAAUGGAUAUCCAGGUGCAGGUAGAAAUAACAAUCCAGAGCAAAUGAUGGAAGGAAUCGUCAAUACGAUAUUCUCGGAAAUGGAAGAUUCCAGAUUAUUUGCACAUGUUAAGAAUUCGGAUGCUGUAAAUCACUUGCUUACAACGGAAGAAGAUAAUGUGAUAUUUACAUGCGGACAUCAUUUUCCAAUCUCUCUGUACGAAACGGACGUUGUUCCGUCGAUGGAAACUGAAUUAUUGACAUCUUCAUCGUUAAUUCUUCCAUGUACGUCGCAAUAUUUAGGAAAUAUGUUAUCUCGCACAUCUGAACCAGAAAUCCUGUGUCCUUUGUGUAUAAUUGGAGUAUUAAGAGCAACGGUAAAGAAUUGCGAAUAA